AGAGUGCGCGGGCGCACGAGCGGCCGAGCGACAGGGCCCCUCCUCCUCCUCUGGUUAGCCACUGGGUAACACCGCCGGCCCGUUGUCGCUCGGCUUCCUCCGCCGCCGCCUCUGUCGCCUUCCCGGAACCGGCGGGGGGCAGCACCACUCAGGAGGGGCCCCUUCCAUCGCCUGAGGCAUUCACAAGGACGGGGAGCCGACAUGAAGCAGGAGAGCUGCCGGCCUUGGCGAUAAAGAAGAUCUGUAUAAUACAAAUUAUUCGUAACCAUGGUGCAGAAAUACCAGUCUCCCGUGAGGGUGUAUAAACACCCCUUUGAGCUAAUUAUGGCUGCAUAUGAGAAAAGGUUUCCCACUUGCCCUCUCAUCCCCAUGUUUGUAGGCAGUGAUACUGUGAGUGAAUUCAAGAGUGACGACCAAGCAAUCCACGUGACUGAAAGACGUUGUAAACUGGAUGUGGAUGCUCCACGGCUCCUGAAAAAGAUUGCAGGGGUAGAUUAUGUUUACUUUGUCCAAAAGAACUCCUUGAAUAGAAGAGACCGCACUUUACACAUAGAGGCCCACAAUGAAACUUUCUCAAACAGAGUUGUCAUUAAUGAAAAAUGCUCAUAUACGGUGCACCCAGACAAUGAAGACUGGACAUGUUUUGAGCAGUCUGCAAGUCUUGAUAUUAAAUCUUUCUUUGGCUUUGAAAGCACAGUAGAAAAGAUAGCUAUGAAGCAAUACACUAGCAAUAUUAAAAAGGGCAAAGAGAUAAUAGAGUACUACUUGAAGCAGCUAGAAGAAGAAGGUGUAACAUUUAUUCCUCGUUGGACUCCCCCUGCUAUGUUUGCAUUUGAACAUGGCACAACUCACUUUAGACGGUCGCUAUCCCCUCCAAUCAACAUACCAGAAACUUCCGUCAAAGAGGGACUGAACUCCAAGGAAAUCAACACGUGCAACAAUGCAUCAGAACUGGUGGCUGGAACCCCUGAUGAUAAAUUAGAUGCAGAUUAUAUCAAGAGGUAUCUGGGCGACCUGACCCCACUUCAGGAAAGCUGCCUCAUCAGGCUUCGGCAGUGGCUCCAGGAAACACACAAAGGCAAAAUUCCCAAAGAUGAGCACAUCUUAAGAUUCUUGCGUGCCCGAGAUUUCAACAUUGAUAAGGCCAGAGAAAUCCUGUGCCAGUCUUUAACGUGGCGCAAACAGCAUCAGGUGGACUACAUCCUGGAUACCUGGAACCCUCCUCAAGUACUGCAGGAUUAUUAUGCAGGCGGUUGGCACCAUCAUGACAAAGAUGGGCGUCCACUAUAUGUGUUGAGACUAGGCCAGAUGGAUACCAAAGGUUUGGUGCGAGCUCUUGGAGAAGAAGCCCUGCUUCGCUAUGUUCUAUCUAUAAAUGAAGAAGGAUUGAGGAGGUGUAAAGAAAAUACAAAAGUAUUUGGAAGGCCUAUUAGCUCUUGGACUUGUUUGGUGGAUCUGGAGGGCUUGAACAUGCGCCACUUAUGGAGACCUGGGGUCAAGGCCUUGCUGAGGAUCAUUGAGGUGGUAGAAGCUAAUUAUCCAGAAACACUAGGACGUCUUCUAAUUCUCCGCGCUCCCAGAGUGUUUCCAGUCCUUUGGACUCUGGUUAGCCCUUUCAUUGAUGACAACACUCGAAAGAAAUUCCUGAUUUACGCUGGCAAUGAUUACCAGGGUCCUGGUGGACUGUUGGAUUACAUUGACAAAGAAAUUAUUCCUGAUUUUCUUGGUGGAGAAUGUAUGUGUGAAGUUCCAGAAGGUGGGCUGGUUCCCAAAUCUUUGUACCGGACAGCAGAAGAAUUGGAAAAUGAAGACAUAAAAUUGUGGACAGAAACUAUCUAUCAGUCUGCAAGUGUCUUCAAAGGGGCUCCCCAUGAGAUUUUCAUUCAGAUUGUGGAAGCUGCCUCUGUGAUCACCUGGGAUUUUGAUGUUUGUAAAGGUGAUAUUGUUUUCAACAUCUAUCACUCCAAGAGAGCCCCUCAGCCUCCAAAAAAAGACUCUUUGGUAGGGGCACAUAGUAUUACCUCCCCUGGUGGCAAUAACGUACAGUUGAUAGACAAAGCUUGGCAACUGGGACGAGACUACAGCAUGGUGGAAUCACCGCUCAUCUGCAAGGAAGGGGAAAGCGUGCAGGGAUCUCAUGUGACUAGAUGGCCUGGCUUCUACAUUCUCCAGUGGAAGUUCCACAGUAUGCCUGCCUGCGCCACCACCAGUCUGCCUCGUGUUGAUGAUGUACUGGCAUCUCUACAGGUCUCAUCUCACAAGUGCAAAGUGUUGUACUACACAGAAGUAAUUGGGUCAGAAGAUUUCAGGGGAUCUAUGAGCAGCCUUGAAUCAAGUCACAGUGGAUUUUCUCAGCUCAGUGCUGCUACAACUUCCUCCGGCCAGUCUCAGUCCAGCUCCAUGAUUUCCAGGUAGUGCUAUUGCCUACAAAAGCCAGUUGAUGAGACGGCUGGACCCUCGUCUACGGCAGUCCUCUGCAAUACAGCAUCGCCGUCAUCAUCAUCAUCAUCAGUGACACUUGCAAAAACAAACACACAAAUGGAAGGUCUUUUUAUAGAUAGUAAAAGUAGCUGUGUGCAUUUAAAUAUUCUGGUUUUGUUUUGAAUUAGAACCGAAAGAGUGUGUCUAAUCUUAAUAGCCAUAGUUUUUUAUACAUACACUAGCACAAAUCCUCACUUGGAAAUGUAAAGGGCUGUUUUGCAAAGGAAGAAUCAAUCAGUGGUUGUAUGGCUGAGAAUUUAUUUAACCUCCUGUUGAUAUAUUUGUAAUGCAUUAGAAGUCUGUCCCAAAGCUUUCGCCAGUGAGACUUUUGCAAAGUUCAAGUACACCUUUUCCCCUCCCCCACCUCCACCUUCUGCUUCUGCUCUGCUGAGUCUCUCCUUUGUUACAGCCCAAUAUUAAGGAAGGCCUAAGGAGUGGAGUGCAGGAGCUGGGUGCCUGACAUUUCUUGAAAAGCCAGCUGGUGAACUGGCUGAACCCCUUUCCCUACCUUUUCCUCAGCGGGAGGCGAGCUGCCAUCCUGCCAGGCAGCUUUUUUAACACGAGUUCAUUCUGCUAGCUCACAUGGUUAAAGGACAGACUCCUUUUUUGGGGCAUUGAAAGGCAUUAAGCUAGGACAUACACUUCUGAGCAUCGAAGGUGGGAAGGAAGAGGGCAGAGCAGGCUCUCCUCAACUCAACCCAAGGCUGGCCCUCCUUUGAGUCCUCAGGUUUGUUUCUCCCCCAGAGGUGUACGUGAUUGUACCUCGUUUGCUUCUUUUCAUCCUCUACAAAAUAUCCUUUUGAAAAGUGGCAUCUUUUCUGCCAAGAGCUUCCUGGAGAAGUGGCUGCAUCGGUCCUUUCCUUCCUGUGCCCUUCUCCACUUCCCUGAUCUGCCCUGUGAAUGCCAAGAGAAACCUUGCGCGCUUCUGCAGUACAGGCGGGAUGUUUACCCUCCUAAUAGAGCACAGCCUGCUGUGGCAAUAAUUCAUUGCAGACAUCCACAUGUUUCCGUAAUAGUAAAUUUGCUAAAGGUUGCUUAAACUCUCCAGCACUUGCUUCCUUAGUAUUUGAAGCAUGCCUUUUAGAAGCCUUGGAACCUAAAACAGCCAGCUGCCAGGCUAGUGAGAUGAGUACAGUUCUACAAGGAUUGCAAAUCUGUUCACAUAGCCAACAGUAGCUGCUGAAAUAGUAUAUGUUGGAUUCAUUCAUUCCCAUUUAAAGCUCCAGUUACCACACACACACACACACACCCCUCCGGUGUAUACUUACAGCCUUGUUUAGAGAAGACUCUGUGCUUACAUAUCUUGUAGAAGAUUAACGUACACUCUGUUUCAGAAAAAGGAAAGUAAUGAUGAAUGCAACCUGCAUUAAUUAGAGAGGUAAAGGAACACAUUUUAAGAUCAGAGUGUUUAUAUGCUAAAUUGAAAGGACUUGUCAUAUGAAUUAUAAAACUAAAACCGGUGAGUGCUUAAAGUAUUAAUCUUGAUGACCAUUCUGAAUGCUGGUUAAAUGGAGUUGAAAGAGUAUAGAUUUGUUCCACAGACCUACACAUGCUGUAUUUCAUCCAGCUGCUGCUUUUUUGUGAUAGUAUCUUAACUACUAAGAGCACUAGUAUGGUAAUUAUCUUCAGUAGCAGUUUUAAUUGUUGGUAUGUAAUCAUGAACAUGGUCAUCAGACUCAGAAACAUGGUGCCAUGUUCAUCCUCUUGUAAUUAGUGUCCCCCUUGCCUGGUUGCAAAAUGGUACAUUCUUCCCUCUCCAAAACAGGGGCUCUGUAAAAGAUGAUUUCCUCUUCUCCCAUGGCAACUUUGCUGGUAGCUGGUUUCAUUCAGUGGCUGCUAUCAGCCCAUGGAUGUCUGAUUUUGCAGAAACAAUUGGAGCUCUGUUUUCUGUCUUAAGACAGCAUGCUUCUGUUUGCUCAGCAAUGUCCCUUGGAGGACAAUACGUUGGACUUUGGGAGGAGAGUGCAUUUCAGAGCUCAAAGCACACACACACUGGGAGCGGAAGGGUUGUUAUUCCUUAUAAAAAGCAUGACAUCCCACCUAUGGCCCAAUUAACUCUUUGCUCUUCUCCUAGGUGUGCGAUCUGACUAUUUCUGUCUCUGUUCUGCCAGAACUGAUAAACCUGGUAAUCCUUCCUUCUAUUAACUUAAUUUAGCAACUUUCUCCCACCUUAUCGCCGUUCCUGAACUUCAUAUUGAUUUCUGUAAAUGUUUUCUAAACAUAUUACCUCAAUCUUGGUAAUAAGGUAACAGUCUUUUAAAGAUUUUUUUUUUAUUUGUAUCAGUAAUAAAUGUGA